GCUGGAGGCAUUUUGCAGGCCGCGUAGCGGCGCAACACAAGGCGCAUUGGACCGCCGCAAUCGCCAGGCAGCCGUCCAGGCGAAAACGCACGCCCUAAGGCUGCCGCACCCAAGAUGUUGAUAUUGGGGCUGCUGCUGCUCGCACAAGCACGAGCCUACACGAAUGACAACGACGACGCCUGGAUCAACGCGCCGCGCUCGGGCAGCAUCCUUACCAGUGAGCGCGUCGACGUGGCCCUCGCGCUGCGGCCCAGCGCAGACACGACGCAACGCGUCGCGUGUCUGAGCACGGAGCAGUUAGAUGUUGACAAUCCAUCGACGACUCGCGACUGUUUUGAUGUCACGGUCGAGGGGAACACCACAAAAAUCUUGGAAGCGGGCGCGUCGGUCGUCCUGCGGCCGCGCGGGCACUGGUUCAAGGUCGAGCUCGAGAUGUCCGGGUCGGCCUUCGCGGUGGCCGUCUACGUGGCAACGCCUACCUCCAUAGAGAAGACGCCCGUGGGGCUGGCCUGGGACUGGGGCGGUGGUAUUGGAUGGGGCGUCGCGGGCUUGCACAUCGCGCUCGCGCUCGCGGGAGACGAAAGGAUUUUACCCGUGCCGCUCGGGCGGGCGCACCUCUUCGAGGCUUCGGAGGCGCAGCGGUCUUUAUUGAAACCGUCGCUCGACGCCGCGGCAUUGUUAAAUGCCACGGACCGCUACGACGACCAGUCCAUCUCGACCGGAGACCCGUUGCCGUUUCCGGUGGUGCACGCGCUAGGGAGGUGGGGCGUCAACGGCUCGCUCAACUCCAUGGACGCGGGCUGCUGGUCCUCGGUGAGAAACGUGGGCAUCCUCUUCGCGGAGACCGAACACUGGCCUUCAUCGGAUUUGGAGGGGUUGCGGCGGUACGACGAGGUGCUGGUCGGGAGCACGUGGCUCGGCGAGGCCCUCCUUCGGAAGGGGGAGCCGCUGCCGCCGAUCCGCGUCUUCGUGCAGGGCGUGUCAAGCGGCUUCGGGCCGUCAUCAGCCAUCAUCAGACAUGCAGGGGAUAGGUUCCGCGUCUUCAGUGGCGGGAAGCUCGAGUGGCGCAAGGGGCAGGACAUUGUCGUCGAGGCGUUCAAGCGGUUUAGUCAUAAGCAUCCACGAGCGAACGCGCAAUUAGUGUGUGCCUGGAGCAACUCGUGGCGCCAGACGACCCUAACGAUGCUGAACGCGACGCACACGGUCGGCGUGCCUCGGGCGACGCCGCGGCAGGCGCUCGAGGAGGUCACCCCGGGGCCGCUGCCCAAGUCGGAUCAGGACCACGAGGACGAGCGCCACGCGCUGACGGAUUGGUUGGUGGAAAACGGCGUCCGCCGGGAGGCCAUUGCUGCGUUCCCACCGUUACAACACGGCGACGUGCCCGGGAUCCUGAGGAAGGUCGACGCCGCGCUCUUCCCGAACCGGUGCGAGGGCGGCACGAACCUCGUCGCGAUGGAGGCGUUAGCGAUGGGCGUGCCGACGAUCCUGGCGGACGGGACGGGCCAGCGCGACACGGUCCACUUGGCGGGCGGCGGGUGCUGGCCGCUGGCGGCCGCGCCCGCGACGGGCGGGCCGCCGGACGCGGCCGGCGUCGAGGUCGACGUCGAGCAGGCGACGGCUGCCUUGGAGGCGAUUUAUCUGGACGCGGCGGGCGCGCGGCGGCGGGCGCUCGAGGGCGCCGGGCGCCUGCGCGCGUGGACGUGGGGCCGCGCGGUCGCGGUGAUCGUCGAGGCCGUCCUCGGCUCCUCCUGAGGAGUUUGUUGUUGUGUAAGUUGUCGUUUUUAUUUGGUUUUCUUUUUUGCUUUGCUUAGCUCAAGUAGAGCUAGGCGGCCAAGCGCGACCGACGCGGGGUCUGCGUGACCGCGCCCCCGGCCCUCCUACGCCGUCGCCCCACCACGGACGGACUCCGGACUCGUCCGGCGAGGCCUGGAUACGCCCGGACGCGCCCGGCUAGCGGCCCGCCCGCCCGCCCGCCUGCCAAGGGCUGAGAAAUCUGUCACGCUGCCCGCGCCGUACACGCGAACAGCACGCUAUUAGAGCGAAAGGGCUGCGUAACGCGAGCUCACUCAUCGAGAUCCGUCCACUAAACAGCGCGCGCGCAUAGAUAGGACGCGCGGGCAGCCUUCCUGGGCCCAGCACCACCCAUACUGCUGCACGCAGACGACGCGACGAUGGCCGCCGAGGAGAAGAGUGAUGCAGCUGUUAUGAAGGACCAGGCCCGCUUCGACGAGCUCAUGGCCCACGCGCCGGACAACGACGCGCUCCGGGCGUCGCUCACGAAAUUGUGGAGUGCGCCGCCGCUCGAGCCGAUGAAAAGAGCGUUCGCACAAUGCGACAGCGAGGACGAGGCGAGGAGGAUCCUCUUCUUUCCUGAGGAAAAAGAUGGGGAGGCCUACGCGUGUAUAGUAAAACACCCGCGCGACGGACUGCCCCACGCCGCGCGGCCCGCGCUCGGCCUCAUGUUCAUGCUCCACCACAAGUCGGACUUCCACAGAGUUUUUGCGGUGCAUGGAGGCCUCGAAGGCCUCGCGUCGAGACUGCAGGAGGAGGACCAGCACGUCCGCGCGCACGCCGUCGAGAUCUUUUUGAGGGUCACCGGCGACGAAGCGCUGAAGUGGUACGUGGCACCCUCGACCGACGACGAGGUGAAGAUGCACCGCUCUCUACUAGAUCUGGGGGAUCGGAUGAUCCCUGAUUUAGUCGCCAAUUCGCGCGACUCGUACCCAGGGGGCGAAAAGGCGUGCCUCGACUUGCUCGCCUUCUGGCUGGGCUGGGCGCGGCAGAUGCACUGCGAGACGCACGUUUUAAAUCCCUCUCGACUAUUAAUCGAAGCGUUGUCCGACUGGGUGUUGCGGGCGGAGCGGCGCGGCGACGCCGACGAAUCGGGUCUGGCGAAGCGAUUGUUCGACGACUUCUCGCGGUGCGACCCUUGUAGUGGCACGGGCUGGGUCGGCGGUACGGUCCUGUGCAAGGCCACUGAUGAUGACGUGAUUGAGAUGAGUGGAGGCUUCGACCUCGAUUCCAAACCCAAGAAAGCAGUAAAGCCGAUGCCGCCGCCGCCGCCGCCGCGCAAGAUCGAGGUGAAACCUAGACAAGCCGGAAAUCAGGCCUUCGCCGCCGGCGACUUCGAGAAGGCCCUUCAGCACUACGACGCGGCAUUAACCGAGGAGAAUGAAACAGCGGUGUCGACGCUGCAGUGCAACCGAGCAACUUGUUUGGUCAAGCUGGCGGCGCGCGACGUGAGUGAUGAUGUAAAGAACAAGGCGUGGUUGCAAAGAGCGGAGGAGGCCUGCGACGCGGCGUUGGACGCGGACCCGCGCAACUCGAAAGCUAGAUAUAGGCUCGCCCAGACUUUGGCCGCCCUCGGCGACGAGAGGCUGGGCGAGGCUAUAUCCGCGGCACGUAGUGCAAGGCGAGCCAUCAUCGACGAAAAGGCCGGAGACGCGCAGCGGGGCGCCGUCGCGGACUUGCUGCUGGCGCUGUUGGAUCGGGACAAGGCCACGAAUGAUAGGACGUCUCGGAUUGCGAGGGGCCUACUACGCGCUCGAAGGGGCGGAAAAGGGCAUGAGAUGACGCGGGGCUGGAAGAAGCCUGGAUCGGAAAACAAAAAGAAAGCUGCCGUGCAAAAAGGCUUCAUGGACCCGAAGCCCCGCGACUACGCAUCUAGUGAUGAUGAGCUUGUUGUGGAGGACGUGACGAAAACACCUGCUACGGAAGAGGACGCGUCCGAUAGCGAUGAAGCUCCGACAGCCGUGGUCGACGCCACGGCCGAUAGUGACGACGACGAGCUCAUGGCCGUGCGCAAGGCCGAAGAUGACCAACGGAAGGCGCGGCGGAAGGCCCGGAUUGUUGCGAAGGAGAACAAGAAAGCUUCUGAAAAGCCUUCUGAAAAAGCCGCGCGCAAGGCGGCGCGCGUCCAGCGCAUCCUGAAGAUGAGUAUGAGCUGA